AUGACAUUAUUUCUAUCCAUCACCGCAGCGGAAAUUAUCAUACUGAUGAUAAGGAGGAAGAACAAGAAAAGAGAGGAUGAGCUUGAGGAUGGUUUUUCAAUGAUAGAGGUCCAACAAGAAACAGAGAUUUCUAGGUUGGAGAAAUUUGUUACAAGAAUGAGUUAUAUAGAUCUCAGCUAUGCUACCCAAAAUUUCAGUCAACACAAUAUCAUUGGACACGGACAAAUGGGGACAAUGUAUAAGGCAACCCUUCCAAAUGGUUGGUGCCUCGCAGUGAAAAGGUUGUAUGACUCUCAACAAUUUGAAGAACAGUUCAUAUCUGAAUUGAAGACAUUAGCCAGAUUCAGACACGAUAAUUUAAUUCCAAUAUUGGGAUUUGCCAUAGAGUUGAAGGAAAGGCUUCUGGUGUACAAAUAUGUCUCCAACGGAAAUCUUUUCGAUUGGUUGCAUUCAGCAGAAGACAAGAAGAAGAUUCUUGAAUGGCCUCUGAGGAUGAAAAUUGCUGUUGGAUUGGCAAGAGGCUUGGCAUGGCUUCACCAUCGAAACAAAUUCCGCUUGGCACAUCUCAACAUAAACUCAAAGUCUGUUUUACUUGACAAGAAUUUUGAACCUAAGUUAUCAAAUUUUGGAAGGGCAAGGAUAAGUUCAACUAUAGAAACUGAACUCUGGGAAUCGAGUUUUCUGAAAGAAGAUGUCUACAACUUCGGAAUUGUGAUUCUUGAGCUGAUCAAAGGUAAACAGCUUACUUCGUCAAACAGUUCUGAAAGGAGCUUGGAGGAAUAUACAAGUAAUAUCUCUAUCAGCUCUGCUUCUUCUCUGUAUGAUGCUAUUGAUACGUGUUUGAUAGGGAAAGGACAUGAUGAUGAGAUUUUCCAGCUCUUUAGAAUUGCUUGUAAUUGUGUUGAACACUUGCCAGAGCGAAGGAAAAACAUGCUUGAAGUGUACGAAAUGAUUAAAGACGUCAGAGAGACACAAGUCCUCUCAUAAUGAUCCACAAAAAUCUGUGGAAUCCGAAAUUGCUUCACCAAAUUUCAGAGAUGAAUGAGGCUGAAACAACAGAGAAUGCAAUAAAACAGAGCAAAAAUAUAUGGCCAUUUUUCUUCAGUUACUGUAUUUCAGGUUCAAGGAAAUGAAGGCAAGGUAUGUAGGUUAGUCCUGAAGAAAGCAUGCAAAAUAUGUACAAGGAAAUCUUAUCUCCAGUAUUAGCCUGAACUUGAUAACUUUGUGUACUGUUCUUGAAAUGAUGAUGUCAAUUUGUUGAGAGUUUUUUUUUUUUUUUAUUGAAAAAGUGGAGAUUUGAA